AUGACGGCAAUGCUAGCAUUCCCAAGACUCGGAAGGCUCAACGGCCGAUUUCUCCAGUUUGUACUAAUAGCUUCUAUCAUAUCCCUCGGAGGAUGGCUCUAUCUAGAGUCCUUUGGGCCUCCGAAGCAGAUGCACCUUCCUUCCUUUGGACACAAACCGAACACACAGGCAACUGCCUCGCCUACUACAACCACUACAUCAGUUUCGACACAAAAGCCGCACCCCAUAGACACGCUAGUACGAGAUGCGGGAAGUGAAUGGGCGGCGGUGCUGGAGAAAGAGACGAAGGAUCUUAAAGGCGCUGCGGAAGCGUACCGGUUGCGCCGAGGCCGACAUCCUCCCCCGGGGUUUGAUGACUGGUUCGCAUUCGCCCAGAAGCACGACGCCAUUAUCAUCGAAGACUUCUUCGACCAGAUCUAUCACGACUUGAACCCCUUCUGGGGCGUGGAAUCAAGUGUCAUCCGGCAGCAAGCGAGGACGUUCGAGUUCCGUAUCAGUGUCCGCAAUGGCACGGCGAGCUUCUUUUCCGACGACAACGACCGGCCGUGGAUGCGGCUAUGGCACGAGCUAAUCUCGACAAUUGCCAAGCAGCUUCCAGAUGUCGACGUUCCUAUCAACAUCAUGGAUGAGUCGAGGGUUGUGGUUCCAUGGGAGACAAUCAAAAAUUACACAGAUGUCGGGCUGCAGAGCAGGCGGAUAGUCGACCUCCCAAAUGUUGUAUCAAAAUACACAGGAUUGGCGGAGCUGGACCAGAACCCCGGCGAACCGCCUGACCCGCAAUGGAUCCGCAUGGGCCCUUACUGGGACGUCGCGCGCGUAGGCUGUCCCCCAGGCGCCCCUAUGCGCGAAACCCCCUUCGACGGCGAUUUCUCCGGCCCUCCUCCCAUGCCGACAGGCCACCCCAUAAACUCAUACGAAGGCUACGUCAAGAACUGGACCCUCGCCAAAGACCCCUGCAUCAUCCCCAACAUCCUCGGCCUGCACGGCACCUUCACUGAACCAAUCUCGCAAUCCACCACCCACCAAUUCUUCCCCAUCUUCGGCGGCUCCAAAUUGCCCAUCAACAACGAGAUCCUCCUCCCGCCCGCCAUGUACUGGACACGCGACGAGUUCUACUCUGGCGGCGAAGCGCACGGCCCCGCCUGGGACGAGAAAAGCGACAAGAUGACGUGGCGCGGCGCCGCAUCUGGCGGGCGCAACAAGGCCGAGAACUGGACGCGCUUCCAGCGGCACCGCUUCGUGGCCAUGGUGAACGGGACCGCGGUACGGCUGGCCGAGAGCGCGGACGCGGCGCCGAAUUUCGUGCUGCCGGACUUCAAGGCGUAUCCGCUUGCUGCGGCACGCGAGGCGCAUCUGGGAGACUGGCUGGACGGCUUCAGCGACGCCGCGUUUGUCAAUCUGCUAUGCUUCCCCGCGCCGGAGGGGGAUAACCGCAAGUGCGACUACACGGGGAGCUUCUUUGAGAUUAAGCAGCCGCAGCCGAUGAAGGAGCAGUAUGACGCCAAGUACCUCCCGGAUAUCGAUGGGAAUUCGUUUAGUGGGAGGUACCGUGGGUUUCUGAGGUCGACGAGCUUGCCGAUCAAGGCGACGAUCUAUAGCGAGUGGCAUGAUUCGAGGCUGCAGCCGUGGCUGCAUUUUGUGCCGAUGGACAACACGUUCAUCGAUAUAUACGGCAUCAUGGAGUAUUUUCUGGGCUAUGGGGAUCUGGAAGGACAUGAUGAGGUGGCGAAGAAGCUGGCGCUUGGGGGAAAGGCGUGGGCGGAGAAGGUACUCAGGCCGGAGGACAUGGAGAUUUAUGUCUUCAGGCUGUUGCUGGAGUUCGCGAGGAUUUGCGAUGAUGCGAGGGACCGACUGGGCUAUGUGGGGGAUGUUCUAGAAAAGGGGUGA